AUGCAUCCCCCCGAAGAGAAGCACAGAGAUAAGGAGGAGCCGGGCGCCCUACCCUACAUCCCCCACGCAGAAAACUACGUCAAAGUGAACAAGUCAAAGUAUAACAGGAGCGGAAAUUACCAUCAUAAGCAGGCAAGGGAAAAUCAGAUCACUUCGAAUGCUUACGUAAGCUAUAAUAAUUACUCCUACAUGGGUAACAAUACCAGUGGGAAUUACAACCCAGGGAAGAUACAUCACCACCAGACAGCCAAUGGGAGGUAUCACAAAAUGGGUUACAACGAAGGGAGUGGCCACUACCUACCCAGGGGUAGAACUUAUCGGAGCAACAACGGGGGAGUCAGUAACUCCGUAGGCACCGGUAUAUGUGAGGAAGAGAUAAUCGUGCACCAACAGUAUAACAAACGAAACGGAGGAAAUCGCUACCAUGACAGUGUUGCACCCAGCGCGAAUGGAUUCAAAACGGUGCCAGAUGAUCCAUUGGGGAGAAGUCCUAACGGGGUGCCAGAAUCAAACGGAGCGGCCGAGAAAGAGUCCGAUGUAGAAGGAAUGCAUAAGAACAUCUACCCAAAUGGAAAAGGCCAAAAUUGGAUUCGCAAAACGAACAACCGAAUGGGGAGAGGUUAUCCGGCAAGGGGGCAAGCAACAUUAAGCGAAAGUGGUCCUCAGAAUGGUCCUCGAAGUGGUCCUCAAAUUGGCCAUCAAAAUGGCCAACAAAGUGCCCAUCAAAGUGACGAACAAAGCGGCACCCCAAACGAAGCCGAAGUCAAAAUGAAAAGCGAAAUUGACAGCCAACAGGAGAACCACCACAUUAUGGAGAUGAACAAUGACAAGGAAAACCCAAAUGGCUUUUCCACCAAGGGGAGAAGAAAAAACAACGGUAAGUACAUGAACGCAUAUAAGAGCGGCGCCAAUUACGUCCCUAGCUCCGUGAGCAAUCGAUCCUCAAACUACUUCGGCGGGGGAAUAUCCAAUCACGGACAAAGCAGAGGCUACGGCCAAAUUAACGGCUAUGGGUACAAGCAGAAUUACCACCAGGUGUACAACCAAAAUUACAGCCAAGGGUACAACCAGGGCUACAACCAGAAUUACAACCACACCAACGACAACAAGUACAACAACUACAAUAACAAUCACAACCACAACGGAUACAAUAACAACGGCUACAAUCACAGCGGAUACCAUCACAACAGCUACCAUCACAACUACAGCAGAUACAGCAGCUACAACCAGGGGGGCAGCCAAAGUACUGACCGCGAGGCCAGGGCAGCUGCCAAGCUCAGCACCGGUGGAGAAGACCCACUCGGUGAAUGCGCCCAAGUCUGCGUAGUGCAGAAGGAAAGCCCUCCAGAUGGAGGCGUAUCUAAGAGCGAUAAUUGCGUCGGGGUUAACUCUCCAAGCAACCAAUUGGGAGCCACAGCGAAGACGGAUGUAGCCCAAGGAGACAACCAUAUCAAAGGAGGAAGCUGCAACGAAAGGAAUGGCACGUAUGCUAAACCUUCCGAUGUAGAAGUGGGCACAGAAGAAUGCUUGAAGGUAGAAAAGGAUGCAAAUAAGCAGAGCAACAAUUGUGAUAGGAACAAGAACAUCUACGAUGGAAGCUGCAACAGUGAGGAGAACCCACAUGGCAAUCAUCAAGUCAGCAGAGGUGGCCACCUGUGCGGCAAUGAUACAGUUUCGAACUUAGGCGAUGUAGUAAAACAUGUUAAACAUGACAAGUGUGAUGUUGUGGAGGUACUUAGGAAGGACCACUGUAGCAGUAAAGAAAGUCUGCAUAGCGAUGGAAGAAACAAUGUAAUGGGAGGCUCUCCUUAUGUGCAGGCAAAUAAUGGAGUGACCGCAACCUCCCCCAAGGGGAACUACUCACCAAUCUCGUUUAGUAAGAACGGUGCAAGUAGGAAGAAGGCGUUAAACAGAAGCUCCCCCCCUGUGUACAGCUCCAACUAUGAAAUUAACAUCCAUGGGAGUUUCUGGAGAGGGAAGAAUAUCGUAUCCAAUGGCAAUAUCGGUGGAGCUCGUUCGGAUGACCCGAAUGGGAGGGAUCCCCUUCCAGGAACCCCCCCAGCAACACAUAAGGGUUACAAGCGUAGCGAGCGUGUAGAGGAAAGUACAAAAUCCCUUGUUCAUAAUGACCUUGUGACGACCACCCAGAGGGACUACAUACCGAACGUUACGCAAUUGGAGAGGGGUCACUCGUUUGAUGAGGAUAGCACUGUGACAAAGGAGUAUGACGUGUCAGGGAAUGGAGAGCUCCAGGUGGGGAAUCCUUGUGGUAGGACAUUAAGGGAGGAUGAAGCAUGGGAGGCGUCUCCUGGGGGGGAGCUUCAUCAAGAGGAGUUCCACAUGGAUGGCGUCUGUCGGGAUGGGAAGACAACCAUAGGGGAACAAGACACUUCGAAGAGGAACCUACCUAUGGCUACUGUACCGAAUGGGGUAGGAGAAGAAGCGCAUGUAUCGGGUGAAGCGAGGCAGUCCUUUGAUCAUGCAGAGACAAGUCAUGGUGGCGACCGAGCUGGGAACCAUUUCCCAAGACGCCUUUUAAGCCGUAUCGCGAAUUAUGAGGGUGGAAGAACCGACACAGUUGCAGGGGGGUACCUCUCAGGGGGGGGAGACUACAACGAAGUCAAUGGGAGUUGUAACCAAGUGAGUGGCAAUCACACUCAGUGCGGGGGUGACUACUACUCCAGCGCGUGUAGUCAAAAGGUAGGUAGUCAAAACGCAGGUAGCUGCAACGUAACGAAUGGCAGUCACAACCCGGGUGCAGCGCCCCCUUCCCAUGAGGCGCAGGAACCUCCAGAAAUGCACAGAAGCGGGGCAUAUAAAAAGCAAAACAACGUGUUUCCCCCAAACGCGCUUAAGAGACAUGGGAGGAAUUCGAAAGCAGGCAAAUCUCAAUUCCCAAGCAUGCAUGAAUGUUUCUUCUCUACAAAUAAACGGAAAGGGGGGUCUACUCAGAGGAGUGAACCCGUUGAAGAGGUGGACGAAGCGGGUAGGCAGUUCAUUCUGGGCGAAUCAGUGUAUGGCAUGAAAAAUGAGGGGACAGUCUUUGUAGGAGAUUGCAGUUACACAGAUGGGUCUCCAUUUUGUGCUAAAGGCAAGAUAUUGUCAAGAGAAGGUGCAGUGGAAAGUUCCACUUACGACGCGGGUGAGGUGCAUUCUGGAGACGGCAAGCCUAAAUAUAACAGGAAGGAGGAGAUCUCCUCCACGACGGACAGCACAACGAUGAACUGCUACAGAGUUGAAUUGAAGACGCUCAAGGAGGAGGUUCAAAUCGGUGACAGCAGUUGGACUCCCGAUAAGGGUUCCCUUUUGGUGAAGCCUAACCUAACCCAGGUUAGAGACAAUGAGCAUCUCAAAUUGAUCAUGCCGGUGAAUGCAUGGAAGAAAGAACCCAUCCUAAGGAAGCAAAAAAAGGGAACCAAUGCGGAGAAAUUUAAGCGACCGAUCAUGAGCAGAGAUGCCGGGGUGACCAGAAAGGAGAGAGGAGGGAUUGGCGGCUUGGUCAAGGAGGACCACACCAUGGAUCAUAGCGAUAACGACCAUGACAAGCAGCAUGAUGAGCAGCAUGAGCAGAAGCACGCCGUCCAACAGAGAUUCGAUCGGGCCAACGCACCAACUGCCCCUCCAAAGCACCGUAGGUCUAGAUCGGAAAAUAUCCAUUGCUACCAAAAUAAUGAAUUCAAAAAUUUAGAAGUGGCAAUGAUGAAGCCCCACAUGGACACCUUCAAGCGGACGGUGAAUGUCAAGGGGGUGAGGACCAUCCUAGAAAAGGUCUUAAUUAGCUACAUCGAUGGGGAUGUGGUGGAGAGGGGAGUGUCCAGGACCUUGGGCGCACCCAGUGCGCGAAUGAAGGAGCAUCAGAAGGGCAAGGUCCAGUGCACACUUGCUGAAGCAGCAUCUGUUUGCAGUUACGUGGAGAGGGGCAAAUGGAUCAGCUCAGUCAACAGAACGGAGUGCUUUUCAGAAAAAGAAACGACAGUCAGGCAGAUCGGUGCAGUUAAGACGGACACUAGUGAAAAAGACAAAGCGAUUUAUUUCCUCGGGGAGCAUCUUAACUAUGGUAGUAAUGUGAAAACUCAGAACACCUUCCUUUGCUUACCAAUCGAGAGGGCCCUCCUUCUGGAGGGGGACCCCAACACGGAUGAUGACGAAGCCGACAAUGAGGAGGAUGGGAACGAUGCGGCAGAGGGCGAUGCGGAUCCGGAGCAGUGGGAAGACAAGCGGAUCAAUUGUAGGCCUGGAGAGGAACAAGGCUCCCCUCUUGAGGGAAUGGUCAGAGGAGAGUUCCUGAGCAGGAGGGACUGUGUGGGUGCCGCCGAUGCGUGCGGAGGGAGCAGCCGUGGAAGUGUUAAUUGCGACAGAGGAAGCAACUACGGUGAACGCGGCCAUUUCGGUGGGAGAGGUCACCACGGAGGGAGAGGUCACUACCGAGGGGGUGGCAACUACAGAGGAAGAGGAAACUACGGACGGGGCGGUCACUACGGGAGGCGUGGCAACUACCACCGAGGUGAUGUGCACAACAAAGUAGUCAGCCGCGACAACAUGUUGAAGUUUUUUCCCCAGGAAACCACUCCCCCACAGAGGAACCUCACAAAUGGAAAUACCACCGGCGGCUACUCCAAGAAUGAGGUAAUGCAGGACAGGAGGUAUGGCGAAAGGGGUGUAAUUCAAAAUGAUUUUAUGUUAAGUGGAGUAUCAGCCACAGGCACGGGUACCACAACGACGGCGACGAUAGAGUCGAUGGCGACGAUGGACAGGAAUGCUUCAAACUAUGCGCAGUCCAAGGUGCAAGUCAACAGUAGUACCGGCAGAAUGGCUAGUCAUCAGAUCGGCCACAAGGGCUUCUUCGCCGAGCUCCCCGAGCGGCGCAGGAGAAACGUCAACACGUCGGAUUACUGCUACAUGAGCGGUCAGAACGACUCCUCCACGGAGAACUACCCCCAAGGGUGCAGCGUCGGGAGUACCGAUCAGAGCGGAGUCCAAAAUAACAGCUACACUGCCAACCAAGGAAGUAGCGAACUUGCGGGUGAAGCCCAGAAUUACAGUUUCUAUGCGAAUCGCUUCGAAGGUGGUGAGCAUCCAAAAGGAGAGGACCCCAUAGGUGGUGGGGCUCCUGUGGACAGCAUGAAAGGGAUGAGAAGCGUGAACGGGGUAAACCGCGCAGAGGGAAAAAGCAUGCGCGAUUUUAACGGAGGUGCAUUUAACGAGGGGUACGGACGCCACAACCAGAGUCACAUGAACGACUUUACCCAGAGGAGGCAGCAGAGAAACGGAACCGCCAAUCAUUACGGAGUGGGAGGGCAGCAAUGGAGCAACCAAACCACGAACAACACAGGGAACAAUAGGAACCAUUUUAACAGUUACGUGAACAGAAACGGGACCAUGCGAGAUAGUCGGUUCCCCUCGCAGAGUAAUGUCCCCACUGGGAACAUUUUUCCUUAUGCGGAUGGGGGAAGCAUGCCUCCCCAUCACGGUGGAAGUGCCACGUUCAGCAGUGGCAUUGCGGAGACCGGCUCCGGUUUCUAUCCUAAUGAGGGCGUACUGAACCCAGGGAACAACGGAGAGAGUGUCGAUGGGGGGUAUCAUUACAACGGUGGCUGCGACACCACGUUUAAGUCAGCUGCCCCCGUUAGUGGUUGUAGAAAGGGUAGGAAUGCACCGUACGUAGGUGGAUACGCGGCUAACUGUGCAGUGAAUUAUGAGACUAAUUGGUCCGCCGUCGCCGGCCCCAGUACAUCGCCCCACUUUGCUGCGCCACCAAUGAGUGUGCACAAAAGGAUACAGGGAAAGAGGAACCACGUGAACGCAGACGGCUUCAACAACGUUCCAACAUUCGAUGAGCUCAAGUGUGAGGACAGCGAGGUGGCCAUUAAUGACGCAUCGGAGAAUACAUCACCGUGUGGGAUGGCAGGUAAGAGGUGGGCAAAAAAUUAUGCUCGUCACACUGGGAUGCACUAUGGGAAUGACAGGAGGCAGAGAAGCAAUGGAGGGGUUAUGCAGUCCAGGAAGACACAGCCAAGUCAGCACGAAGAGAACGAGAAGCGCGAGGAGCAUGAGCAUACGAUGUAUAGCGGGAGGCAAGACGUAAUUCAGAGGGAUGAUAUCGACUCAGUGGGGGAAGCUGACCAUGGAAGUCAUCCUGAUGGGCCUAGGAGCAAAAGUCAAAACAGGUGGAUGAGAGGUGUGGAAGAAGUCUCCUACGGCAGGGACACAAGAUCAGAAAAAGGAGAAAGGGAAGGCGACGUUGGAAUGGAUGUUAUGCAUGGUAAGAAUGACCGUCGCGGAGAGGGAGAGCCCCACAGCGAAGAAGAAGAAAAUGAAACGGGAGAUAACGGGGAAAGCCUAUUCAAGAGGAAGAAUCGGCUUCAGCUUCCGCACGGAGAUCGAGAAGGUAUACUUGGGAAAGCCAUGCGAAAAAAAACAGAUGGUCUGCGUAAAGGUGAUUUAUUAGUCGGUACACCUCCCUGUGAUGAUGUGCUGGCAAUAGAUCCGGCGAAGGAAAGGAAGUGCGUGGAAAUGGUUAGGGGAAACGGAACAGAAGGAAUGCCUCCAUCCCAUUUUGAGGUGGUCCUUGGUGGGGAAAACAGCGCCUUCAAAGGGGAAGCGAAGCAGAGCCAGAGAAAAGACAAUAUAAAGUCAAACCGCUUAACCAGCAGCCGAAUGGGAUCGAGCCACACGAAAGUGGGACAUGCUAACUCCUCGCCACGUGAGCAAGUAGCGAGUAAGAUGAGAUCGCCAAAGCAAGGGGGUAACAAGACCGAAAGGAAAAGGGAGAGGGCAUGUAACGAGUAUACACCAUACGAAGGUUAUAUUCGGGGCACGAACGACGUUUCAAACAUAGAACCCGUUUUUUGCACCUUCGAAGGAGAGAAUGCAGAUGAUUAUAAUGACCCUACGGAGGAAGUGAACCAAUUCGACCACACCGCACGGGACUACGAGGUGUGUGCGACUGACCAACAGCAACUAAUCCUUGGAGACAAUCCGCACGGCAGUGCUGAUGUGUAUACCCAAGAGACGAGCUCCUUCUUAGGAGAUGGCAGAAGCGAGCCAAACGAGAAUACCAACAAGGGGAGUUACCGACGGAAAAAUAAAAACAAAAAAAGCACGUACGAGAAAGGUGCGAAUGACACAGGUGCAUACAAUAACAGGGGAGGCAGCAGAUCGGCAAAGGGAAAAAAGAAGUGA